AUGACCGGGGGAACUGUCACGAGCGAAUCAUCCUUCUCUCCCGCUCUCGAGGCGGAAUUCGUCGGCGUGGGAAAUGAUUAUAUCCAUGCGGACGCGGAUGGAAAGCAUCUACGGCUGGAUGCGCAUAGUGUUCUGAAGACCCACGACGGUGCCCUCAUCUAUGUGAACUACACCGGUGUUGUUGCCUUGAGUCCUGCAGAGAAGGCUGUUUUCGCUGGAACUGCGGGUGAGGGGUCCACGCCGUGGGGGAAUGCUUUCACACAUUUUACUUUUGAGACCGGGGAUGAACGCUACAAGGAGCUGGAACAUAGUGUCUUCGUGGGACAGGGUCGGUUCAAUGUUCAGAAUGAUAAGUCAGUUGUUGUGGAGUAUCGGGUUGGACAGCUCAUUCAUGGUUGA